AUCGGGUUUGCAUAGCAACGCAAUAGGAGCUUUGUUUGCAUAGCAACGCAAUAGGAAACGGAUUAACGUAACAACGCAAUAGGAACCGGGGUCCCGUAGCAACGCAAUAGGAACGGGGUUUCCGUAGCAAGGCAAUAGGAACGGGGUUUUACGUAGCAACGCAAUAGGAACGGGGUUUUACGUAACAACGCAAUAGGAACGGCGUUUCCGUAGCAACGCAAUAGGAACGGGGUUUUACGUAACAACGCAAUAGGAACGGCGUUUCCGUAGCAACGCAAUAGGAACGGGGUUUCCGUAGCAACGCAAUAGGAACGGGGUUUCCGUAGCAACGCAAUAGGAACGGGGUUUCCGUAGCAACGCAAUAGGAACGGGGUUUCCGUAGCAACGCAAUAGGAACGGGGUUUCCGUAGCAACGCAAUAGGAACGGGGUUUCCGUAGCAACGCAAUAGGAACGGGGUUUCCGUAGCAACGCAAUAGGAACGGGGUUUCCGUAGCAACGCAAUAGAACCCGGUUUUCCUGGAGCAACGGGGAUUCGAUUCCCGCGAUGUCGCAACGAGGAUCCGGAUCCCGGUGUGACGCCCUGGACCCGGUUCCAUCUUCACCGUCCCAGCCACUCGGCCGCGCUCUCCGCCCGCCCGCAAGGAUGCCCGUGGACUGGAUCGGUUACGGCUACGCCGCCCUCGUCGCCUCGGGAGGCGUCAUCGGCUACGUCAAAGCAGGCAGCGUCCCCUCCCUGGCGGCCGGCCUGCUCUUCGGGGGCCUGGCCGGGUUCGGGGCCUACCAGACCUCCAACGACCCCAAGAACGUGUGGGCCGCACUCGCGGCCUCCGGGUUGCUGACGGGGGUGAUGGGAAUGAGAUUCUACAACUCGGGGAAGCUCAUCCCGGCAGGGAUCAUAGCCGGCGCGAGCUUGAUGAUGGUCGGCCGGCUUGGAAUGAAGAUGCUCGCCAAGCCUCACGAGCCGUGACGCGGAGAGAGAGGGGGGGGCGGCGAGGUUACCGAGAGGACGAGGAGGCGGGAAGAGGGCCCCCGGCAGCAAACCCCCCUCUGUAAAUCCACUCGGACUGUGGGGCGAUGACCUUGCGAUUUGACGGUGGUUGCCACUUCUGGCACAAUUCCCCCUGACCUGCAGCUCCGGCUGCCUUAAAAUCGAGCGAUUUAAACGCUUCACGUGACACCGUUUCGCUCGAUCGGCGAUUGCGACCCCGCAAACCGUGACCCGCUCGCUCACUCGCUCGCUACGACAGUUGUCGCCAUUUAUCAAAACCAAAGGAACGUCCCCCCCACCGCGUUGUGUUGCUCGUUAUGUUGCUGCUGGGUGCCCGCGUGCCACCGUCACCGCCGUUUGUGUGUUUGUGCGAGAUCUCAGCCGUGUACCGCACGCAGAUUUACAAAUAAAAAAAUAAAUCACA